AUGAUCCCCCACCGACGUCCUCACCAACCAAUCGAGUCCACCCCUCUCAUCGCUGGUCCUCCUAAGGCGACUAGGAAGAGAGUAUCAACGAGGCUUGGUCUCCAUCAUUCACGGCCAAGAGCACAUCCCUUCCAAUACCUUGGCAAGGGUUCACCAAAGACAUGCUCCUCUCAACAGUCAGAGAGUAGUCCUCUGCUCCCCCAUUUUUCCACAGGAACGUCUCUUUUGUACUCUGAUACUCAUGGCAAUCGAGGUGGGGGAUGGCAAAACUUCAACCCACUUGACUCCCAAAAGCCUGCUCCAUACUGCAGCAGUCACACGACAACCUCACGUCGGUCAAGGUUUCCGCUAAACCUACCUCGAAACAUAUUUUUGCGCCUCGAGAAUUCAGGCAGUGUCGCACGAGACCACCUUGCUUCGGAGAGAACGUUCCUUGCCUACAUGAGAACGAGUUUAGCUAUAAGCGCGUCCGGUGUCGCCCUCGUACAACUUUUCUCCGCUCCCUCGUCAAACGGAGUUACUCCACAUGGACUCCUUCUAUAUAUACGGCCCCUCGGUGCUUCUACCGUAUCAAUUGGGAUAUUGGUUCUCUGGAUUGGUGUAGCACGAUACUUCACCAUUCAAGCAGCACUUACAAAAGGUUACUUUCCCGUUGCUCGUCUGGCAACAGGUUUCAUUGCAAUAGCGUUAACAGUCCUUGUGACGCUGACCAUUGCAAUUCUUUUUGCUGUAAAGUUGGAACCGAGGUAA